AUGGCUUCCAUGUUAAACUCAAUACCGGCCGUGGCGACAACAACCGCCAAAGCCGUGGCCGAGUUCGUGCCCCGUGCCGUCUACGAGGCCUCCCCGAGCAUCACCCGCUCCUACUUCCUGGGCCACCACCACGCCGCCCUCGAGCGCAUGCGCCGCAUCUUGUCCAACGUCGGCGUCGUCAUCGAGUGCCGCGACUUCCGCGUCCCGCUCACCUCGUGGAACCCGCUGCUCGAGCAGACGCUGUCGGCCUCCUCGGACCGCGCCCACAUCAUCGUCUACACGAAGCGCGACCUGGGCCCCGCCAGGCAGGACGGCGGCGGCGCCAUCGUCAACCGCCUCGCCGACUUCCACCGCGCCGAGGGCCGCGCCGCCGCCUCGGCCGUGCUCUUCCUCGGCGACGGCGCCGACGGCGAGGCCGCCGGCGGGCGGCGCCGGCUGCUCGAGGCGCUGCGCCGCACGGCCCGCGACCGCGACUCGCUGACGGGCACGCGCGCGCUCGUCGUCGGCAUGCCCAACGCCGGCAAGUCGACGCUGCUGAACCGCCUGCGCGCGAGCGGCAUGGGCAAGGCCAAGGCGGCGCGCACGGGCGCCCAGCCGGGCGUCACGCGCAAGCUCGGCACGCCCGUGCGCGUCAUGCCCGCCGACGACGAGCUCGGCGAGGGCGUCUUCGUCGUCGACACGCCCGGCGUCUUCGUCCCCUACGUCGGCGACCCGGAGAGCAUGCUCAAGCUCGCGCUCGUCGGCUGCGUGCGCGACGGCAUCGUGCCCUUCGUCACCGUCGCCGACUACCUGCUCUUCCACCUGAACCGGCGGGACCCGGCCCUGUACGCCCGGUACGCCGCGCAGCCGACCAACGACGUGCACGAGUUCCUGCGCGGCGUGGCCGCGAGGACCGGCAGGCUGGCCAAGGGUGGAGACCCGGACCUCGAAGCCGCCGCGCAGUGGAUCGUCGGCGAGUGGAGGCAGGGCAACCUGGGCAGGUUCAUCCUGGACGAGGUCACGCCCGAGACCAUUGCCCAAGCGCGACGGACGGCGGCGGAGCCUCCUUUGAGCAUGAAUCAGGCGCGCAAGAAGGAGAAAGAGGCCAGGAAAGCCAGGCAGGCUGCGAAGCGCGUCGCGAACUAG